GCAUUCGUAGCAACAAUAUCCCGGGGCAUCUCUUUUUAAACUGACCCCCCCGCGUCGUUUGAAUGGUACGGCCCGUUGCCUAGGAGCCCGGAGAAGCCGCUUCAUCCGCCACGCCUGUCCUCGGCCCGUCGCUUUUUAGUCGCUGCUCCGGCGUGAGAGCUGAAGGACGAGGGACGUUGUCAUGGACGAACUGUUUAAACAACUGGAGGAAUGAAGCACUGAGGAAAACGUUCACUACUCAAAUGCAGCGUCAUCAAAGUUAAUGUGUGAUUAUGGAUCAUGAGCAGGCGCAGACAGAGCUAGACCAGGUUUCUAUGCGACUUCAGCAGGAUGGUUUACCUCCAACAGCCAGUGUGGAGGAGCAGCAGCGCCACCUGUGGCAGCAGCUGCUUGACACAGAGGGAAAGCUUCAGUCGGCCACAGAGGAGUUGCAGACUGUUCGUACCCAGCAGGCCAGUGAGAUGAAAGAGGUAGAAAGCUAUGUUGCACAUAUCCGGGGGCUGCUGGAGGAGCGCGAGUGUUUGACUGCAGACUAUGAGAGAGAUAAUGAAUUCCUGCGACAUGAGCUUCACCAAAUCAGGCAACAACAAGAGAACCAAAGCAAGGAACUGGCAGAGAUGUUGGCUCAGGAGGACCUUGGAGAGAUUGGCUUGAGCAGCCCCAGUGAACAGGUGGCUUACUUACUGGUUGAGAGGACCACUCUGCUGGAAAGGCUGGAGGCCGCUGAAAGGAGAUUGGAAAGUCAGAGCCUUGCUGGCAGCUCAAGGGACAUUCCCCAACAGUGUACAACCCAGAGUCCAUGGAAGAAGCUGUUUGGGCUCCGCAGGUCUGGUCAGAGCAAACACAAUAUUACCCCUGCCCAUAAUGAGGAGGUUUCUCAGAAAGAACAUGAACUCCAGCGACUCGAGCGAGACCUGGAAGAGGCAUCUACGAGGCUGACAAUGGCUCAUCAAGAUAUCCGCAGACUCACCAAUGAGCUGGAUGCCGCCAAGAACAACAACAACCUAGACUCAAGUGGAUCUGAGCUUCGGGGAACUGUCAAAGAAGUAGAGAGCCUGAAGGAGGAAGUGGAAAGACUGAAACACAGUGACAUGAUGAAACUCUCAAGAACGAAAGAACAAAAUGACAGACUGGAUGCUGAGAACCGAGCUCUGCGGGAGAGAGUCCACAGUCUGGAGUCUGAGAAGAAAACUCUCCUGGACCAGUUAGCAAUAAAUAACACAGGCCAAGAUCUGAUGAACAAAGAAGAUCGAAAAGACAAAAGCCUUUGCAGCCAAGCACAAAACAGUCAAUCUGCCUCAUCAGCUCAAGAAAAGGAUCUCUUUCACAAACGUUGUCAUGAGACAAUUGAAGACGGGCUUGUGCAGCUGAGGGAGCUACAGCGGCAACUCCAGAGGCUACGCAAGGAACAGGAGGAACUGGAGGAGAGGAAUGAGGAGCUGGAGGCUCUACUGGGGGAGGCCCAGAAUGCCAGCAAGGAGGAGAGGUAUCGCCAUGAGGGAGAAAUCGAGGGACUGCACAGGAAGAUCAAAAGCUUGGAGGUAGAGGUGAAAAAACAUGACACGCCUGAAAGACUGCUGAAGAAUGGAGAAGAGGUCAAAGCCAAAGAGUCCUACUUACAACUGCACCUACGGGACAGCAGCCAGGAGAGAGUGGCUCUGUUAGAGGCUCGUCUGACGGAGGAGAAGGACUGGAGGAAACAGCUGGAAGUUGACCUCAGUGCUGCUCAGGCUGCCCUCAAAAAAGACAAAGAGGCUUUGCAAAUAGGUGAGCGAGAGCUGAAGAAGCUGAGACUCGAGGUCAACAGUCUUCAAACUGAAUGCCAACAAGGGAAAACGCUUAUUAAGAGCCUGACCCAAGUGAAAGGGGAAAAAGCGGUCCUGGAGGAAAAGCUGGCACAGGUGGAGCGUGCAAACAGUCGACUCCAGAGUGAAGUGGUACGCUGCAAAGAAAGUAACCAGACCCAGGAGGACCUGAGAGAAAACAAGCUUCAGGUCAACCAGCUGCAGGCACAAGCGGACCGACUGACCGCUGAACUCAGCUCCCUCCAAACGGCACACAACACACUGAGGGAUGAAUUGAUUUCGGAACGCUUGCAGACUACUGAGCUCCGGGGCAAACUGAGCCUCGGUGUCCAAGAGAAGCUGAAGGCGGAGGGGGAAAAAGAAAGACUGGAGCUUGAGAUAAAGUGCCUCAAUGAGAAGCUCAAGUGGUAUCAAGAGCAGCUCUCCUCUACAAAGGACGCUCUUAAAGCUGCCAGCAGCAGCAGCAGCAAGAAACCUGAAUUGCACACAGCUCAUGUGGAGUCUGUGUUUAGCCCAGUAGCAAGAACCAUGGACGACAGUUUGGACGAGCUGUCGUGUCUGAAGCAGGACCUGGACAAUCUGGAGACCAGGCUUGCAGAGGAGAGAGAGCUGGCCUCUCAGCACCAACUGGUCCUGCAGGUUCAGGUCAAUGAAACUCAGGCACACAUCAAGUCCCAGGAAAUGGUGCUAAGCCAGAAAGCAGAGGAGACCAAGCAAAUGAAGCAGGACCUACAAAGGGUCCAAAGCCUGUUUUCUUCAGCAGAGCGAGAACUACGUUAUGAGAAGGAGAAGAACAUGGACCUUAAGAGACACAACUCUCUGCUGGACCAGGAAAAACUGAAGCUUUGUGCAGAGCUGAAGCAGGUCCAGACCAAGCUAGUCCAGGUGGAGAAGAGUUUCCAGAGUCAGGCAGCUGAGUGUGAACGUCAGCAGCAGAAGAUCAGGGAUCAGGAGCUAGAACUGGCUCGCAACUCCACGAACCUCAGCUCCACCACCACUCUGCAGGAGGAACUGCAGGCUGACAGGGCACGACUCAUUGCUGCUGACAAGAAGGUUCUGGAGCUACAGCAGCAACUCAAGAACGUUCAGCACCAGCUGCGCGUGGAGGAAGCUCGGGCUGGUGAAAGCACACGCCUUGAGAGGGACAGCAGAGACCUGUCUGACACCUUGUCUGCCUUAAGAGCCCAGCAGCAGGAACAGCACAUCACCAGAAAGCUGUUAGAGCAGCGUGAGGAGGAGCUGCAACAACAGGUUCGCUCCUUGAGACUAAGGGAGGCAUCACUAACCAGGGCAAAUGCAGAACUUAGCCACAGUUCCCAGCAGCUGGAGACCCAUCUGAAGGUCCUGGAGGAGGAACUUAGCAAGCUUAAAGAGGAGGCAAAGAACAGUCAGAAGUCAAACCACAAACUGCAGGAGGAGCUGGCAGCCAGUCAGCAGGAGUGUGACAGGCUUCAGGCGGAAUUGCAGCAAGUUCUUCUCCAACUUGACACCCACAUCAGAAAGUACAACGAAAAGCAAAGCCAGCACAAGACAAAACUGCGUCAGGCCAAGCAAGUCUUUCUCAAGGCAACGGCCCAGAGGGACCGCAUCAUCCAGAAACUGGAGAGUGACCUGGUGCUAACCUCCAGCCUCGCGCACAAGGAGAAGGAGAGGAUUCACACAGUGAUGGAGGAAAAUGAGAAGCUUUUGGAGGAGAAGCGAGAACUGUUACGGAAAAUAUGCGAGGCGGAGGAUAUGGGAAGCAAAGGCAUGAGGACGGCCUCCACAGUUCAACACAGGGUUGACGUCUUAGAAAUGGAAAACAGACAACUUCAGGAUCGUAUCGUGAAACUCUCCAAUCAAGUUGGUUCCCUAGAACGUGCUCUGAGGAACGUCCAGUCAUUCUACAGCCUGGAGAGCAGCAAGAAAGUGCUUCCAUCUGAAAGUGUUUGUGACAACCUCCUACAAACAUCAAUGCUAAGUUCAACGUCAGGCUUCUGUGGCCCCCUGGACGUCCUGGACAAAAUCUUCCAUGUGAACGUGAGCGAGCAUGUGGCGUUGGACAGCAGCCAAGCAUCCGUGUCCACACACCAGCAAUCAGAGCAGGGCUACUUGAAUCUCGCCUCCCCACUGGCUCCAUCAAACGCCAAAGGCACACAGGAGAGAGAGCUUCAAUAAAAGUGACUAGGUAUGAGAGGUGGUGGUUUUGAUGUAGUGAUUGCCUUUGUUUCCAGCAGAACACUGGCAGCAUGGGUGAGUACGCUGCAGACCCCUGGGGACUAAAACAACAACAAAAAAAGAAGGUUAAACAGGAGUCGGUGUUAAAAGCGUAACCAUGGGCUUCCACUGCAGCUCUGCUCAGGGUGAUGUGUUUUAAAUUGUAAAGCAGAUUAUUGUCUGAUUGGUGAUCCAGGUUCAAACUGAGAAUCACAUUGUGGUGGGUUUAAAAAAAAUUUUAACAUGCAAAUGACAUGUUUUGUGCCUAGAGGGUUGGUCCGUUGUUUGCACCAACUCAAAGCAAAUCAGAGAACUGGAGGGUGUUUUUGUUUUAACCUCUCAAGACCCGAGAUUUGAUUUGUUUUUAUAUCAGACCCACAUUCAACGGACGGAGCAAUCAUUUUAGGAUAGAUUGACUUAAAAGCUAGAUCAGCUUAAGGCGUCUGACUUCCACAUGGUCUGAGGAGGUUAGUGUAAAUGUACGUGUGCCGAACAUCAAAAACAUAUUUCACGAGGAGGAUAAACUGAGCACUUUAUAAGAAGUUGUGUUUACAUAAGGGAAGAUGUAGCAGUGGUACAUAUUUGUUUCCAGUUACAUUUAUAUUGGCAGUAUUUUCUAUGAAAACAUGCCUGUGGUAUGUCUCUGGCCUUAUAGUGUCAAUGUUUUAAAAACAUUAGCAUUCAUACAAAAUCAGACUGAGAUUACAUUAAACAAUGAUGAUGUUGUGGAACUAUUUUUGUUUUAAGGAUGUGGGUGUCUGGUUCCUUUCUGGGAUGUCACUCCCAUAACUCAUUAGCUUCAGCCACUCCAGUAUUUACUCAGCUUUGCUCAUAGUUAAAUCCACAGAGGUAUGUUGGUCUCUUUAGAGCUGUCAAAUGUUUUUUACAUGUGAUAAAACCUUUGUGGCUGCAAUAAAAUGAUUUGUCUGGUCCACCUCAAAGAGUGGCACUAGGGAAAUGUUGAUUUGUGGCAUUAAAUGCAUCACAUUGCUUCACACCACUCAUGUUGUUCAAGCAGAAGUGAUACACUGUGGAAACCAGGCCAGUUUGUCUUUGAUGUGCCUAAAACGAUAAAGCAUUCAUCUUUAUCUUGCUGCUGCGUGAAUAAAUCUAAAAACAGAAGCCUAAUGGUGACAAACAAGUACAAUCAUUAGAAAUAUUUGACUUGUAUCCAUGUAAAUACAUUUUGGAAUCUGAAAUAUUUUGAUAAAUAAAUGGAUGUUUCCACUUUGUC